AUGGCGGUUUCGAGUGCCUUUGUUGGUUGCCCAAAGCUCGAAACUUUAUUGAAUCACCAUAAUCUAUCUCCUUCGUCUUCUACUUCGCAGACGCCAUUGGGUCUCACUGGUGUUCGUGCUUUCCAGAGAAACAAUAGGAACAGGCGUGGUCUGAUCCAGAGAGCUCGUUGCGAGCUUUCUGCGUCUGAUUCCGCGUCCAAUGCAGCAAGCAUCUCGGCCCUAGAACAACUCAAGAAUUCUGCAGCUGAUAGAUAUACGAAGGAAAGAAGCAGCAUUGUGGUGAUUGGACUUAGCAUUCACACAGCUCCUGUUGAGAUGCGUGAAAAGCUUGCUAUUCCAGAAGCUGAAUGGCCACGAGCUAUUGGCGAAUUGUGCGGAUUAAAUCAUAUCGAAGAGGCUGCUGUACUUAGUACUUGCAACCGUAUGGAGAUUUAUGUUUUAGCUUUGUCUCAGCACCGUGGUGUGAAAGAAGUGACUGAAUGGAUGUCAAAGACGAGUGGGAUCCCAGUUUCUGAGAUUUGUCAGCACCGUUUUCUGUUGUACAACAAGGACGCGACACAGCAUAUUUUCGAAGUCUCAGCUGGUCUGGACUCUCUUGUCCUAGGAGAAGGACAGAUCCUUGCACAGGUGAAACAAGUCGUCAAAGUUGGUCAAGGAGUGAAUGGAUUUGGGAGGAAUAUCAGCGGGCUGUUUAAACACGCCAUAACCGUUGGGAAACGUGUCAGAACAGAGACUAACAUCGCUGCUGGGGCUGUUUCCGUUAGCUCAGCCGCUGUCGAACUUGCUCUGAUGAAGCUUCCGGAAUCUUCACACGCAUCCGCUAGGAUGUUGAUAAUCGGCGCAGGAAAGAUGGGAAAGCUUGUGAUAAAGCAUUUGGUAGCCAAGGGUUGCACAAAAAUGGUGGUGGUCAACAGAAGUGAAGCGAAAGUUACAGCUAUCCGUGAGGAGAACCCGGGCAUUGAGAUUAUAUAUCGACCUCUUGAUGAGAUGCUAGCUUCUGCUGGGGAAGCGGAUGUAGUGUUUACCAGCACAGCCUCUGAGACGCCAUUGUUCUUAAAGGAGCACGUAGAGAAUCUCCCUCCCGCUUGUCAAGAGGUUGGAGGACUGAGGCUUUUUGUUGAUAUCUCUGUUCCGAGAAACGUCGGGUCUUGUGUCAAUGAAGCAGAAACCGCACGGGUUUACAAUGUGGAUGACCUCAAGGAAGUUGUUGCUGCCAAUAAAGAGGACAGGCUGAGGAAAGCAAUGGAAGCUCAAUCCAUAAUCACAGAGGAAUCCAAACAGUUUGAAGCAUGGAGGGAUUCAUUGGAGACGGUUCCCACAAUCAAGAAAUUAAGGGCUUAUGCAGAGAGAAUCAGAAUGGCAGAGCUGGAGAAAUGCUUGUCCAAAAUGGGAGAUGACAUCAACAAGAAAACAACGAGAGCGGUUGAUGACUUAAGCCGAGGUAUUGUGAACAGAUUCUUACACGGUCCAAUGCAGCAUUUGAGAUGUGACGGGAGUGACAGUAGAACGCUGAGCGAGACCCUUGAGAAUAUGCAUGCUUUGAACAGAAUGUACGGUCUGGAGAAGGACAUUUUGGAGGAAAAGCUUAAGGCAAUGGUGGGACAACAAAAGUAA